UGCUAUUGGUGCAUUUCGAUUCUCAUUAGUAUUCCAGUUAUUAGAUGGUGUUCCCUCAUAGAACCUCAUAACGUUCUCUAUACUUAUAAUUUGCUCCAAAAUUCUACUUUCAAAAUUUACUAUGAGGGAACACCUCCUAACAACCGUAAUAAUAAUGAGGAUCGAAAUGCACCAAUAACAGCAUACAAAUGUGCCACAAAUAGCAAUGCUUAAACAAUUGACCUCAUCGCCUGAUGAAGACUAGCAGUGUUGCAGUUGAAAUGUUGUGAUCUACAUCAAAAGUGACUCUAUCGUGAGACAAACGAACAAAUUUCAUCUCCAAAGACAAUUUUUUUAGCUAGCCUAACCUGGAUUAACCCUUAGAUCCCUUAGAAGGGGCUAUUAUCUUAUUUCUCCUUUUAGUGCAAAUAAUGAAUUAACCCUUUAACUCCCAGAUCACAUUUGUAAUUCUCCUUACUGUCAACCAUACAAUUCUUAUGAUGUUAGUUCAGAGAAUUUAGUAUUGGAUAAACUGAUUAUCCCCAAAUUGAUAUUUUUCUUUAUUCUCAUCACUUAUCUGGUUGAUAUUGUAUUGAUAUUGUAAGGAGAAAUUCUCUCUUGGUCACAUGGGAGCUAAAGGGUUAAGAAAUAAUUAAGCUCAUGAGAGUAAAGGAAAUGAUCACCAUCUAAGGCUCUUGAUUUUUUCAACAAAUUCUUCUACUCAGUACAGUAGGAAAUGUAUAAGAACAGUUUUGAGAAUAUGCACUUUAAUGUUACUGGUUUAGCAUUUACAUUUAAGUAUUCUUGCUAGAAGUUUUGAAAGUAGAAUUUUGGAGUAAACUAUAAGUAUAGUGCCACUAAGUAUCAUGUGAGAGAUACUCCAAGAUUUUUUAUUAUACCAGUAUGCUUUUGGUAUGAUUUAACCCUGUAACUCCCAAGAUGUGAUUGUUAAUUCUCCCCUCUUGCUGCUACACAUUUAUUGUAAAAUAGUUACCAGAAUUUGGUGUUAGAUCAAGAUAACAACUUCUACUUGGUAAGUUUGAAUAUUCUCAUUACCUGUUUGUUGGAUAAUGUAAGGAUAUUAUAGGGAGAAGUUUCAUGUUGAUCACUUCUGGGAGUAAAAGGGUUAAUAGCAAAAUGGUUCAAAACCUGCAUUGCUUCAUUUAAGCAUAAUUUGAAAACAUAGUUGUAUUGGAUUUGCUCCUGUAUAGUCACUUGACAAAAUAGGAAGAUUUCAUUAUUGUUUUCUUAGUAGCCUAGAUAGCUUUAUAUUUUCACUCAGUAAAACAAUUGAAGGUUCAUUACAAUUUUAUUAUUACCUUUCAUUGCCUUAGACUAUUUCAAUAUGCUCAUUGAGUCUUGAUUAAAAUGAUCUUGAUUCAGUACUAAUAAAGUCUUUGAACAUAAAGAAUUAAAUUAUCAUGAUAUUUUUAAUGUCUUAGACUACUUUAGUUGUGCUUUUUCUCAGUAGAUCUUGGAAGCAGGACUUCCAGAAGUAGCUGAUUUGUGUACUUGUAUUUCUACUCAUCAGGGCAAGAAGAAUACGAUCGUCUGAGGUUUCUCGCUUAUCCUGGAACUGACGUAUUUGUUGUGUGUUUUGAUGUUGUAAAUCGAAGUUCAUUUGAAAACGUGAGCGAGAAAUGGAUUCACGAAGCGCGCUACUAUGUACCCGAGACUCCAAUCCUCCUGAUGGCAACGAAGACGGAUCUUCGAAACAGCAGUAAUGCAGAUGACAGGUCCACUGUGUCUACAAGAGAAGGAAUGGCUCUUGCUGAAACUCUUGGUGUGUCAUAUGCAGAGUGUAGCUCCCUAACAAACACUGGAGUGCAGGAAGCUCUGAAUAAAGCUGCAGAAAUGGCUGUUAGUUUUCAUACCCAGAGAAAAAGAUCAACUGCAAGAGUUUUGGGCUUCUUUAAAAGGAAAAACAAAAAUUCCAUGUCAGCUCAGGAUCAGGAAAUUUUUCCCCCUCAACUGCCACCAGCAGGUUUUGCUCCCCAUGUGGAGGUACUCAGCUCAACAUUUGCCAGUGAAUGGGAUUCUAUGUUGUCUGACACAAUGAGUGCAGAUGUCAGAUUUGUAUUCUCUGAUGGUGAGUCCCUUGAAGCUCAUAGAACUGUUCUUGUUGCAGCCUCCUCCAUCUUCAAGAAUGUUUUACUGGGAGAAAUGUCUGCAAACCAUGAAUCUUUCCAGUACAUCCUUGAAGAUGUUUCAUGGAUUUGUGACGGAGAAAGGAACUGCCCAAAUCUUCCUCAUAUCGAAGGGAAAUGCCAGGGCAAAGGUAGAACUGUAAUAAGGUUGCAUGAGAGCAUUACUAAAGGCAUUUUCACUGAGGUGUUGUCCUUCCUUUACACUGGAUCGCCUAGUGUAACAGAUGAUAAAGACAAAAAUUUUAUCACAGAAAUUCAAGAUGCUGCCAAGAAAUUUCAGUUGACAUGGUUGAUAGAUACCUGUACAAACAUUCUGUCAGGAGAUUCUUUCCUUAAUCCAAGUAUUGGCACAUGGCUGAAUGACAACACGGGACAAACAGCUAAAAAUUUGUUUCUGAACAAGCCAUUUUUAGCUGAUGUCAAGUUCUGUGUUGAGGGCACCAUUGUUUAUGGACACAAGUUGAUAUUAAAAUCAAGGUCAGAGGUCAUGGCAGCCAUGUUGGGUGGGGCCUUUAAAGAGAGUGACUUGGAUACAGAGAUUGAGAUCAAAGACACAACCCUGCAAAGUUUUUUGGCACUGCUGGAGUACCUCUACACUGACCACGCCCCAAUAGAGGAGGGAGAUUCAGUGGAAAUAAUGGUUUUAGCAGACAGAUUCUGUCUUCCAAGACUUGUGACAAUGUGUGAGUUGUACACAACCAAGAAAGUUGAUUCUUUGAUACAGAAAAGGGUGUCUGAUGGCACUAAAGAUGUCAUAAACCUCCUUCUCACAUCACAGGCGUACAAUGCUAAACAGUUGGCUGACUGGUGUCUUCAUUUCAUUUCAACCAAUUUCUCAGUCUUUGAAUCCACUGAAGAGUUUGAGCUUCUUCAAGGGGAUAACAGGAAACAUGUGAUUCAACAUAGAUGGCCUCCUCUGUCCUAUUUACAAGCACUAGAAGAAUUUGAACAAAGAGCCCCGCAAUCUAAGCUUACUUCCAAGUGUAAAAUGAUGUGAAAUAUAUGCUACCAGUAAAUCCAAGCAAUAUAUUGGAAAAUGAUCUUGUAACUGGACUAAAGAAUUAGAAACUAUGUGGAUGAACCUUUUAUUUAUAUAGUCUUUUACUAGUGUCUAUUUUGUAAGGUAAAGGAAGCUAUCGAGUCAAAAGGCUCAUACUGCUAAUGCUUAUCCAGUUUUCAGUACAAACAAUUCAAGGUAUGGAAACUCCACCUUGCCCCCCCCCCCUCCCCCUACCCCUCCCUCUCCUCCCCCUUGGCUGGAUGUCAUUCCAUUACAAAGUUUCUUUGGAAUCAAUGAUUUUACAGUUAUCCUUGACAGUUGAACACCUGGGUGGAGAGUGGCACUGUUAAAUUAUUAGAGUAUCUUACUUAAAAACUCAAAACAAUGGCAUGGCUAGGGUUUGAACAUGGCCUUUCUGAUUCAGAGUCUAGUACCUUUUAAAAGUAAUUAGCCAGCAGGUCUCAAAUGGAUGGCUGCUUGAAAUGAACCAAAAAUUAUGGUUAAAA